CCAUGGCUCAGCCUAAGGGCAGGGUGGUCCUCGCCUACAGCGGGGGUCUCGACACCUCCUGCAUCCUGGUGUGGCUGAAGGAGCAGGGCUACGACGUGGUCGCCUACUUGGCCAACAUUGGGCAGAAGGAAGACUUUGAGGCAGCACGAAAGAAAGCGCUGGCGCUUGGGGCCAAGAAGGUUUACAUCGAGGACAUCAGCAAGGAGUUCGUGGAGGAGUUCAUCUGGCCGGCGGUGCAGGCCAAUGCUCUCUACGAGGACCGGUACCUGCUGGGCACCGCGCUGGCACGACCCUGCAUUGCCCGAAAGCUGGUGGAGAUCGCCCAGAAGGAAAGAGCUCAGUAUGUUGCCCACGGGGCCACUGGCAAGGGCAACGACCAGGUUCGGUUUGAGCUCACCUGCUAUGCCCUAUGUCCUAACAUCAAGGUCAUCGCACCGUGGAGACUGCCCGAGUUUUACCAGCGCUUCCCUGGGCGCCGAGAGCUGAUGGAGUAUGCCAAGAAACACGGGAUCCCGGUGCCUGUGACACCCCAGACGCCCUGGAGCAUGGAUGAAAACCUCAUGCACAUCAGCUACGAAGCCGGGAUCCUGGAGAACCCCAAGAAUCAGGCCCCCCCCGGGCUCUACACGAAGAACCGCGAUCCAGCCACCGCUCCUGACACCCCAGAUGUGCUGGAGAUCGAGUUUGAGAGGG